AUGGACGAUAUAAUCUGGCUUGAAAACAUCAGAGAGGCUGUUAAAGCUAGUAAACGGGAGUUUGACGUUGAACAUAUUAUUGGUAGAGGCACCUUUGCUAAGGUCGUCAAGGCCAAGUGUACAAAGGAAGGCGUUAAUGAAGGCAAACAAUUUGCAAUAAAAAUCUUGACUUAUGAUGUAAACAAUAGAGAUCAUUUGGAAUAUCAGUAUCGAGAAAUAGAAUCCUUGUAUCGGCUGAAUAACUCAAAUGUUAUCAAAUAUUUCGAUAGCUGGGUAAUGCAAGCUGGUGACAAACGAAAACUGUGCAUUCAAAUGGAGUUGUGUUCGGCAAACCUAAAAACAUUCGUGAACAAUCCACGCGGCACUUAGUUUAUCCAAUCUCCAAGGUGGCCACGAUUUUACCAGCAGAUAGUUAAACAAAUUUUGAACGGCCUGGUUGCCAUCCACAAAAUGAAAUGGAUACAUCGCGAUAUUCAUCCCCGGUAAUAUCUUCGUCGUAAAUCAAAAUCCACAACAAAUCAGGGAUAUCCAUGUCAAGAUCGGGGAUUUGGGGCUUGCUAGGCCAAAGGAUAGGAUAAAAAUUAAGAUCUCACCUGGAUGGACAGUAAAGCCUGAAGAGAUGCUGAUGUCUUUCUCUCACGACGGUACAUACACGGCGCCGGAGCUCAAGGAGAAAGAAUACGAUCUCAAAGUAGACGUUUACAGUGUCGGAGUUGUGUUGUAUUUCAUUAGCCGUUACCCCGUCCUAGAGAGUUCAGAAUUGAAGCAGGAGAUUAAGGCAAUAAGACGAGGCGAACAUGACAUAAAUCAACACAUAUAUCACAAAGACGAUAAAAAGUUGGUGAACCUAAUACGAAAUUUGCUUCAAGAGAAUCCGAGAGCACGCUUCACUGCGGAGGAGGCUAUAUGCACUAUGUUUCCUACUUUCCCACAGAAGCAGAUAAUUCGACUGAUGUAGACGCUGACGAAUCCAUGCCUACACCACAGAACACAUAUUCAAUUGAUAAUAACGAAUCCGUGCCUAUUUCACAGGAGAAAUAUUCAGCUGAUUCUAGCGAGGCAUUGAAGACCGAAUUCAUAGCAAGAAAAGAAAACGAAAAGGUUGUCAGUCAGUGCUUAUUAAACGAGUUCACAUUGUCCGCAAUGAAAGCAGAGGUUGAACGUCGCACUCGCGUGAAAGCAGACAGACAAGUUCUUCGACAAGAGCGUACGAUAGAUGGUAAAAUGACGCAUAUCAAAAUAGAAGAAGAUGAGGACGUCGAAAACAUUUUUAAGAUCGCAGCAAAAAAAAAAUAUGUAGUCGUGGUGGUUGUGAUCGAGCAAUCUCCAGAAAGUGUGAAGAAACUUUCCAAGACGAAAUGCACUCAUAUGUAA